CUUCCAGCCCUGCGGGGUGGCACAACCCGGGGCCGGGUGGGCAGAACCGGGUGAGGGGCUGCCAGCCCCACCACGGGUGAACAUGUGCACGGGCUGCCCAGCGCCAGCACCGCGGGCCCGUGUGCCCAGCGUGAGCCUGCGGGACAGAGGGGACAGAGCGAGGCAGGGACCCCCUGCUCCACCACAGCCCACGCACAGCCCCUUGCCGUCCCCACCAGGCAGAGACCCCCGGCCCCAGCCCCACUCUCCUCCUUGGCUCCCCCAGCACGGCUCAGGACUGUCCCGCCCGCCGUCCCCACCUCUUGGCACUGGGUGCAGCCCUGAGCCUGCAAACACAAACACCUUUGCCUGGGCAGAUCCGCUCGCACUGACAUCACAGGGCGGACGGCGCCGUUGGGCCCUUUCCCCGGGACGGGCAGCGACGCUGGAGUGCACUGGGACAGGAGCCGGGCUGAGGAGGAGAGUCUUGAGAGCUGUGAGAGGAGCGCAGUGCGAGGAUGGAGAGCCAGCCAGCGGUGAAUGGCCACACUGUCCCCAUCGCUCACCAGGACAACGUGCCAGGAGCAGACUGUCUGCGCCAGGACAGGCUGCCUGGAAAACAGAAGCAAGCAGCUGGCGGGGAUGUGCCGGUGAUGGAAGCUCCCGGUGAGGCAGCUGGCAGCAUCGCUGGAGUCUGCGUAGGGGCUUCAAAGAAGAUCAUGAGCUUUUAUGAUGCCACCAGAGAGCAUCUUCUGAGUCUGGAUCCGGCACUCUUUCUUCUGGAGGCCCAGGCGGCCACGGGCUCCAUCGUUGACCCGGUGUCGCACCGGCAGGUGUCCGUGGCAGAAGCCGUGCAGCUGGGGUUGGUGGGGCUGGAGCUGAAGGAGAAGCUGCUCACCGCUGAGAAAGCGGCCACCGGCUUCCUGGACCCCUACACCGAGGAGAAAAUCUCGCUGUACCAGGCGAUGCAGAAGGAGCUGCUGGGGAGGGAACAAGGCUCCCGGCUGCUGGAGGCACAGGUGGCAACCGGAGGUGUCAUCGACCCGGCCACUGGCCAACGGCUCCCGGCAGAUGUUGCCUGCGAGAGGGGGUAUUUAGAUGAAGAGAUGAGACAGGUCCUCUCUGACCCCAGCAAUGAGGAGAACAAAGGGUUCCUCAACCCCAGCACUAUGGAGAGGGUCACCUACACGGAGCUCAUGAAGAGCUGCGUUGUUGAUCCGGCCUCGGGCUUCCUCCUGUUGCCCCUGCAAACCACGCUGGCGGGGCUGGGCGGGAGGGUGAGCAGCAGGGAGCUGCUGGACGCCGGCAUCGUCAGCCCCGACACGUUCCGAGCUCUUGAGGAGGGAAGAGUUUCUGCCCAGGAGGUGGCAGAGAACCCAUCCGUUGGGCGGUUCCUGCGUGGGACGAGGAGCGUGGCCGGCGUCGUCCUGCCCUCCGGUGAGCGGAAAAGCCUUUACCAGGCGCUGAGAGAGCAUCUCCUCCUGCCUGGGGCUGCCCUGGCGCUCCUGCAGGUCCAGGCAUCCACCGGCAGCCUGGCAGACCCCAUAAAGAACAAGAGCUACUCGGUUGACGAGGCUGUCAGGGUGGGUCUCAUUGGCCCAGAGCUUCAUGAGAAACUGUCUUCAGCAGAGAAGACCAUCACUGGCUACAGGGACCCCUCCACUGGAGAAAUGCUCUCUCUGUUCCAAGCCAUCGGGAAGGGCUUUGUCCCCAGAGAUCACGGCAUUUGCCUUCUGGAGGCUCAGAUGGCCACAGGGGGUAUAAUCGCUCCAGGCAGGCACCUCCGUGUCCCCACGGAGACAGCCUGCAGGUGGGGGUACCUGGAUGAGGCCACCAGACAGCUCCUCUCCAGCCCUACCGAGGACAUGAGGGGGUUCUUCGACCCCAGCUCCAAGGAGAAGCUGCUCUACGCAGAGCUGCUCAAGCGCUGCGUCACCGAUCCCAACACCGGGCUCCUGCUGCUGCCACUUGGUGGAGACAGCAGAGAAGGAUCUGAGGGAGCCCAGCUCUUCUUUGACCACAGGAGCCAAACAGCUCUGGAGAACACGAAGGUAUCCGUCACUGCAGGUAAAUUCAAGGGAAAGUCAGUGUCCCUCUGGAAUCUCCUCUUCUCAGACUACAUCCAGGCCCAGCAAAGAGCUGCUCUUGCCCAGCAGUACCUCGCAGGAACUCUCUCCAUGCAAGAACUGGGUAAGGUGGUCAGUGCCACCAUCGAGGAGAUGGCUUCCACCGCUAACGUCACCUUCGAGGGACUGAGGGACCGGGUGACAGCCGACCAGCUCCUGAGCUCUGAAAUCAUCAACCAGGAUUUGUUCAAGAAACUGAAGGAGGGAGAAACGUCAGCCAAAGAGGUUGUCAGCAUGGACACGGUCAAGAAGUACCUGCAAGGGACCGGUAGCAUUGGUGGGCUCCUUCUUCCUGACUCCCAGGAGAAGAUCAGCAUCUACCAGGCCAAGCGGAAAGGACUUUUGAGGCCAGGAACAUCUCUGAUCCUCCUGGAGGCACAGGCUGCUACGGGAUUCAUCAUUGACCCAGCUGCCAACAAAAGGUAUUCUGUCGAUGAGGCCUUAAGAGCGAACGUCAUUGGCCCAGAUGUUUACGACAAGCUACUGACCGCAGAGAAAUCCGUCACUGGCUACAGAGAUCCCUACACGGGCGACAAGAUCUCCCUGUUCCAGGCCAUGACCAAGGAGCUCAUCGUCAAGGAUCACGCCAUCCGCCUGCUGGAGGCCCAGAUCGCCACCGGCGGCAUCAUCGACCCCGUCAACAGCCACCGCAUCCCCGUGGAGGUGGCCUACCGGCGCGGAUACUUUGACAAGAAGAUGAACGUCAUCCUUUCUGACCCCAGCGAUGACACCAAGGGCUUCUUCGACCCCAACACCCACGAGAACCUCACCUACCUGCAGCUGAAGGAGAAGUGCAUCACCGAGCCGUCCACCGGGCUCUGCCUCCUGCCCCUGAACAGCAGGAAGCACCAGUUCAUUGACGAUGCCACCAGACGGGUGUUCAGGAGCUCCUGGCUGCCCGUCAGGUUUGGGCGGCUGCGGGGGGAGAAGGUCUCUGUGUGGGACCUGCUCAACUCCGAGUACUUCAGCGAGGGGCGGCGCCGGGAGAUAUUCAACCACUACCAGCUGCGGAAGCUCACCCUGGAGCAGAUUCGAGACAUGUUAGAGGAAGAAAUGAAGAAAUGGGCCCCCAUCAAGUUCCAAGCCAUGCGGGGCAGCGUCAGCGCCUACCACCUGAUGGAAACGGGAGUCAUUGACAAGGUCCUGUUUGAGAAGGUGCUGGAGGGCUCCGUCACACCAGAGCAAGUCCUGCACAUGGACUCGGUCAGAAAAUACCUCUAUGGCUCCGGCAGCAUCGGGGGGAUCGUGCUCCAACCAUCAAACCAGAGGAUAAGCAUUUAUGAGGCCAUGAAGAAAAACCUCAUGGUGCCAGGAGUGGCUCUCCCACUGCUGGAGGCCCAGGCUGCCACGGGCUUCAUCAUUGACCCUGUGAACAACCAGAAACUCUCUGUGGAUGACGCCGUCAAGGAGGGAGUCAUUGGGCCAGACGUCCAUGAGAAGCUGCAACACGCAGAAGGGGCUGUAACAGGCUACAAAGAUCCUUUCACGGGCAAGAAGAUCCCUCUCUUCCAGGCAAUGAAGAAGGGCCUGAUUGCUGACAAACAGGCCAUGCAGCUGAUGGAGGUGCAGAUGGCUACAGGAGGCAUCAUCGACCCAACAUGUGGCCACCACAUCCCCACAGAAUCCGCGCAGAAGCGAGGGUGCCUGGACGAGGACACGAGCAAGGCCCUUUCUGAGCCCGGUGAUGACAACAGAGCCUUCUGCGUCCCGGACAGCAGGGAGACCGUGACCUACGCCGAGCUCAUCAAGCGCUGCCAGAAGGACGAGAUCUCCGGCUUCCACCUGCUGCCUCUGGCACAGGCGGCUGCCCCAGCCCACACCGACGAGCAAAUCCAACGCAUUUUUAAGGAAACUGUGGUGAAGGAAAAAGGAGUGUCCCUCUGGGAGCUGAUCCACCUCGGGUAUUUCACUGAGGAGCAGAGGAGCGACUUUGUGGAGAGGUUCCGCUCUGAGGAGGUGUCGCUGCAGCAGCUGGUUGCUCUUGUCCUCCGGCUGGUCAGGGAGAUGGAGAUGCAGGCCUGCAGCCACAUCACCCUGGAAGGCUUGCGGGGCAGCGUCCCUGUUGUCUGGCUGCUGGAUGCCGGCAUCAUCACUGAGAAGGUGUUUGAGGAGCUGGCUCAGGGCAUAACAACUCCCGAGGAGGUGGCUGCGAUGGAGAGCGUGAAGAGGUACCUGCAGGGCACAGGCAGCAUCGCCGGGGUGUUUGUAGAGGCAUCCAAGAAGAAGAUGAGCUUCUACGAUGCCAUGAAGAACAAUCUCCUCCUCCCUGGGGCUGCUCUGCGGCUGCUGGAAGCUCAGGCAGCCACCGGGUACCUGAUGGACACGGCCACCAACCGCAGACUCAGCGUGAGGGAUGCCGUGAAAGCCGGUGUGGUUGGUGAGGAGCUCACCGAGAAACUGCUCCUGGCUGAGAGGGCAGUGACCGGGUACACAGACCCCUACACCGAGAGCUCCAUCUCGGUGUGCCAAGCGCUCAGGAAAGAGCUGAUUCCCCUGGGAGAUGCUGUUCCCCUGCUCGAGGCCCAGCUGGCCACCGGAGGGGUCAUCGAUCCCGUCCACCACCACCACCUUCCGCUGCAGGCUGCCUGCAGAUACGGCUUCUACGACGAGGACCUGAACCAGACCCUCUCUCAGCUGAAUGACACCACCAAGGUCUUUUUUGAUCCAAACACCAAGGAGAACGUGACCUACCAGCAGCUGAAGGACAGGUGCACCCAGGAGGCUGAGUCAGGCCUCUGGCUCCUUCCUCUGUCAGAAAACGCCGUGUUUUGUGUGGAUGAACAGACCAUGGAGGUGCUGAAGUCUGUGACGGUUUGUGUCAACAUAGGGCGGUUCAAAGGACAGACCGUGUCAGUCUGGGACCUUCUCAACUCUGAAUACCUCUCAGACAGCAAGAGAAGAGAGCUGGUGCAAAAGUACAAGGAUGAGAAGGCUGAAGUACUGCAUGAAAUCGUAACCAUUGUCACCACCAUCAUCAAGGAGACUGAGACGCAAGGCAAGAAGUUUGCAUUCCAGGGCCUGCGGAAAAGAGUGUCUGCCAGUGACCUCUUCCAGUCUCAACUGAUAGACAAAAAAACCCUCGAUGAGCUCAACCAGGGGAAGAAAACGGUCAAAGAAGUCACUGAGAUGGACUCUGUGCGCAGGUACCUGGAAGGCAGCAACUUCAUCGCGGGGGUUCUUAUACAACCGAGCAAUGAGAAGAUGAGCAUCUACCAGGCCAUGUGGAAGGGCAUCCUGCGGCCAGGGACAGCCCUGGUGCUGCUGGAGGCACAGGCGGCCACCGGCUUCAUCAUCGACCCGGAGCAGAACAAGAAGUAUUCGGUGGAAGAGGCAUUAACCGCUGGUCUGAUUGGAGGGGAGAUUUUUGAAAAGCUGCUCUCUGCAGAAAGAGCCGUGACGGGCUACACCGACCCCUACACGAAAGCCCAGAUAUCCCUGUUUGAAGCGAUGAACCAAGAGCUGAUUGUGAAGAGCCACGGCAUCCGCCUGCUGGAGGCCCAGAUCGCCACCGGCGGCAUCAUCGACCCCGUGCACAGCCACCGCAUCCCCGUGGAGGUGGCCUACCGGCGUGGCUACUUUAACCAGGAGAUGAACCAGGUGCUGUCCGACCCCAGCGACGACACCAAGGGCUUCUUCGACCCCAACACCCACGAGAACCUCACCUACAUGCAGCUCCUGGAGAGAUGUGUCCAGGAUCCAGAGACUGGGUUGUACAUGCUACAAGUUGUACAGGAAGGAGGAAAGUACUUCUACAUUGACGAGCUUACAAAACAGGCUUUGCGCUCAACGCCUCUUGAAGUCCGAGUUGGGAAGUUUAAGGACCAAAGAGUUUCUGUCUGGGAAAUCCUCUGUUCUCAUUACAUCUCUGAGCAGAAAAAGAAAGAACUAGUGAUGCAGUACAAAUCCAAAACCCUCACACUGGAAGAGCUUAUAGCGCUCAUCCUCAAAAUAAUUGAGGAUACAGAGCAAAGAGCUGAAGCCCUCAAGGUUAAAGGACUCCGGGGGGAUGUGUCCGUAGCGGAAUUAUUUAACUCUGAGAUAAUUGACAAGAAAACUCUUGAUCAGCUGCAGGAUGGGAGUCUCACGCUCGGCAGCCUCACAAAGAGGGAGGCCAUCAGAAGGUACUUGGAUGGCACUGGAUGCAUUGCUGGGGUUCUGCUCCCAUCAAGGAAGGAGAAGAUGAGCAUCUACCAGGCGCUGGAGAAGGGUCUCCUCACGGAGCAGUGUGCCCUGGGGCUGCUGGAGGCACAGGCUGCCACUGGUUUUCUCAUCGACCCGCAGAAGAACAAGCAGCUCUCCGUGGACGAGGCCGUCUCCUGCGGGCUGGUGGGCAGCGAGCUGCACGAGAAGCUGCUGUUGGCAGAGAAAGCUGUGACAGGACACACAGACCCUCGUGCAGGAAAUAAAAUAUCCCUUUUCCAGGCCAUAAAGCAAAAGAUAACGGGGAAGGAGGACGGGAUCCGCCUGCUGGAGGCCCAGAUCGCCACCGGCGGCAUCAUCGACCCCGUGCACAGCCACCGCCUGCCCGUCGAGGUGGCCUACCGGCGCGGGUGCUUGGAUGAAGAUAUGUUUCUCCUGCUUUCUGAUCCAGAUCAUGGUAGCAAAGGUUUUAUAGAUCCAAACACUCACGAGAAAAUCAGUUACAGUCAGCUCCUGCAGAGGUGUUCCAAAGACAGAGACACCGGAUUGUACCUGCUGCAGGUCAUGGAAAGAGCGGCUGACUAUUUCUACAUCGAUGAGCAAACAAAAAAUGCCCUAUUAUGUACAAUGGUACAAGUACCUGUUGGAAAAUACAAAGGACAAGUACUGUCACUGUGGGAACUGCUCUGUUCUGAGUACAUCACAGAAGAGAAGAGAAAAGAGCUGGUGAAAAAAUAUAAAGAGGAAUCCCAUCACAUUCUACAGGGAAUCAUUGACACGAUACUAAAAAUCAUUAAGGAAAAAGAAGAGGACAGAAGUGAUGUCUGGUUCCAAGGACUCAGACAACAAGUGACAGCAUCAGAGCUUCUCAGCGCUAAGAUAAUCACAGAAGAAACAAUGGAAAAACUCCAUGAAGGAAAAGAGUCGGCACAAGAAAUAGCCCAAAUGGAGACUGUGAGAAGAUACCUUGAGGGAACUGGGAGCAUCGCCGGCGUGCUGGUGCCCUCCAAAGCCAACCCUGGCAAGAUGGAGAAGAUGAGCAUCUACGCGGCCAUGUGGAAGGGCAUCCUGAGACCAGGGACAGCGCUGGUGCUGCUGGAGGCGCAGGCGGCCACCGGCUUCAUGGUCGACCCGCUCACCAACCAGAAGCUCUCUGUGGACGAGGCCGUGUCCUGCGGGCUGGUGGGCAGCGAGCUGCAAAAGAAACUUCUUUCUGCGGAGAAAGCCGUGACAGGGUACACCCACCCCUGCACGGGGCAAAAGAUGUCCCUGUUCCAGGCCAUGAAGAAGGAGCUCAUCGUCAAGGAGCACGGCAUCCGCCUGCUGGAGGCCCAGAUCGCCACCGGCGGCAUCAUCGACCCCGUGCACAGCCACCGGCUCCCCGUGGAAGCUGCCUACCAGCGCGGCUACUUCGACGAGGAGAUGAGCCAGGUGCUGUCCGACCCCAGCGACGACACCAAGGGCUUCUUCGACCCCAACACCCACGAGAACCUCACCUACAUGCAGCUCCUGCGCCGCUGCGUGCCCGACCCGGACACGGGGCUGCUCAUGCUGCAGCUGAUGGACAAGGGCUCCGUGCUCUACCAGCUGAGCGAGGACGCCCGCCAAGCCCUGCAGGCCGCCCGCACCAGCCUCAGCGUGGGGCUCUUCCAGGGCCAGAGCGUCACCGUCUGGGAGCUGCUCUUCUCCCGCUACGUCCCCGACCACCGGCGCCAGGACCUGCUCCGCAGGUACAAGGUGGGCACGCUCACCAUCAACGAGAUGAUCACCCUCCUCAGCGCCAUCGUCGCCGGGGCUGAGGGACAUGGCGCCACCCCGGCCGACACACAGACACAGCAGGAGGCGCUGGCACCGGCCCAGAAUGGCGAUUCCUUGAGCUCCCGGCGUGAGCGGGAGCUGGAGGCGGAGCUGGAGCUGGAGCGGUCCCUCAAGUCCUACAGCGUCCAGGUCUCGGUCGGCAGCUUCCAGGGCAGGAAGGUCUCCCUGUGGGAGCUGCUCUUCUCCAAGUACGUGUGCGAGGCCAAGAGGCUGGAGCUGCUGGCGCAGGUGAAGUCCGGCGGUCUGGCGCUGGAGCAGUUGGCCGGGCUCCUCACCGGCCUUGUCCAGGAGGCAGAGAAGCGCAGCAGCACCGUCACGUUCAAGGGCCUCAGGAGGCAGGUGACGGCCUCGGACCUGCUGGACUCGGGCAUCAUCAACAAGGACACGCUGGCCGACCUGGUGCAGGGCUCCAAGACGGUGCAGGAGGUGACGCAGAUGGCCUCCGUCAGGCGCUACCUGGACGGCACGGGCUGCAUCGCCGGCGUGCUGGUGCCCUCCAAGGCUGACCCCAGCAAGAUGGAGAAGAUGAGCAUCUACGCGGCCAUGUGGAAGGGCAUCCUGAGGCAGGGCACGGCGCUGGUGCUGCUGGAGGCGCAGGCGGCCACCGGCUUCAUGGUCGAUCCGCUCACCAACCAGAAGCUCUCUGUGGACGAGGCCGUGUCCUGCGGGCUGGUGGGCAGCGAGCUGCACGAGAAGCUGCUGUCGGCAGAGAGGGCCGUGACGGGCUACACCGACCCCUACACGGACGCCAAGAUCUCCCUGUUCCAGGCCAUGAAGAAGGAGCUCAUCGUCAAGGAGCACGGCAUCCGCCUGCUGGAGGCCCAGAUCGCCACCGGCGGCAUCAUCGACCCCGUGCACAGCCACCGGCUGCCCGUGGAAGCUGCCUACCAGCGCGGCUACUUCGACGAGGAGAUGAGCCAGGUGCUGUCCGACCCCAGCGACGACACCAAGGGCUUCUUCGACCCCAACACCCACGAGAACCUCACCUACAUGCAGCUCCUGCGCCGCUGCGUGCCCGACCCAGACACGGGGCUGCUCAUGCUGCAGCUGAUGGACAAGGGCUCCGUGCUCUACCAGCUGAGCGAGGACGCCCGCCAAGCCCUGCAGGCCGCCCGCACCAGCCUCAGCGUGGGGCUCUUCCAGGGCCAGAGCGUCACCGUCUGGGAGCUGCUCUUCUCCCGCUACGUCCCCGACCACCGGCGCCAGGACCUGCUCCGCAGGUACAAGGUGGGCACACUCACCAUCGACAAGAUGAUCACCAUCCUCACCGCCAUCAUCACCGGGGCUGAGGGACAUGGCACCACCCCGGCCGACACACAGACACAGCAGGAGGCGCCGGCACCGGCCCAGAAUGGCGAUUCCUUGAGCUCCCGGCGGGAGCGGGAGCGGGAGUUGGAGCCGGAGCUGGAGCGGUCCCUCAAGUCCUACAGCGUCCAGGACUCGGUCGGCAGCUUCCAGGGCAGGAAGGUCUCCCUGUGGGAGCUGCUCUUCUCCAAGUACGUGUGCGAGGCCAAGAGGCUGGAGCUGCUGGCGCAGGUGAAGUCCGGCAGCCUGGCGCUGGAGCAGUUGGCCGGGCUCCUCACCGGCCUCGUCCAGGAGGCAGAGAAGCGCAGCAGCACCGUCACGUUCAAGGGCCUCAGGAGGCAGGUGACGGCCUCGGACCUGCUGGACUCGGGCAUCAUCGACAAGGACACGCUGGCCGACCUGGUGCAGGGCUCCAAGACGGUGCAGGAGGUGACGCAGAUGGCCUCCGUCAAGCGCUACCUGGACGGCACGGGCUGCAUCGCCGGCGUGCUGGUGCCCUCCAAGGCUGACCCCAGCAAGAUGGAGAAGAUGAGCAUCUACGCGGCCAUGUGGAAGGGCAUCCUGAGGCAGGGCACGGCGCUGGUGCUGCUGGAGGCGCAGGCGGCCACCGGCUUCAUGGUCGAUCCGCUCACCAACCAGAAGCUCUCUGUGGACGAGGCCGUGUCCUGCGGGCUGGUGGGCAGCGAGCUGCACGAGAAGCUGCUGUCGGCAGAGAGGGCCGUGACGGGCUACACCGACCCCUACACGGACGCCAAGAUCUCCCUGUUCCAGGCCAUGAAGAAGGAGCUCAUCGUCAAGGAGCACGGCAUCCGCCUGCUGGAGGCCCAGAUCGCCACCGGCGGCAUCAUCGACCCCGUGCACAGCCACCGGCUCCCCGUGGAAGCUGCCUACCAGCGCGGCUACUUCGACGAGGAGAUGAGCCAGGUGCUGUCCGACCCCAGCGACGACACCAAGGGCUUCUUCGACCCCAACACCCACGAGAACCUCACCUACAUGCAGCUCCUGCGCCGCUGCGUGCCCGACCCGGACACGGGGCUGCUCAUGCUGCAGCUGAUGGACAAGGGCUCCGUGCUCUACCAGCUGAGCGAGGACGCCCGCCAAGCCCUGCAGGCCGCCCGCACCAGCCUCAGCGUGGGGCUCUUCCAGGGCCAGAGCGUCACCGUCUGGGAGCUGCUCUUCUCCCGCUACGUCCCCGACCACCGGCGCCAGGACCUGCUCCGCAGGUACAAGGUGGGCACGCUCACCAUCAACGAGAUGAUCACCAUCCUCGGCGCCAUCGUCGCCGAGGCUGAGGGACACAGCGCCGCCCCGGCCGACACACAGACACAGCAGGAGGCGCCGGCACCGGCCCAGAAUGGCGAUUCCUUGAGCUCCCGGCGUGAGCGGGAGCUGGAGGCGGAGCCGGAGCUGGAGCGGUCCCUCAAGUCCUACAGCGUCCAGGUCUCGGUCGGCAGCUUCCAGGGCAGGAAGGUCUCCCUGUGGGAGCUGCUCUUCUCCAAGUACGUGUGCGAGGCCAAGAGGCUGGAGCUGCUGGCGCAGGUGAAGUCUGGCGGCCUGGCGCUGGAGCAGUUGGCCGGGCUCCUCACCGGCCUCGUCCAGGAGGCAGAGAAGCGCAGCAGCACCGUCACGUUCAAGGGCCUCAGGAGGCAGGUGACGGCCUCGGACCUGCUGGACUCGGGCAUCAUCGACAAGGACACGCUGGCCGACCUGGUGCAGGGCUCCAAGACGGUGCAGGAGGUGACGCAGAUGGCCUCCGUCAAGCGCUACCUGGACGGCACGGGCUGCAUCGCCGGCGUGCUGGUGCCCUCCAAGGCUGACCCCAGCAAGAUGGAGAAGAUGAGCAUCUACGCGGCCAUGUGGAAGGGCAUCCUGAGGCAGGGCACGGCGCUGGUGCUGCUGGAGGCGCAGGCGGCCACCGGCUUCAUGGUCGAUCCGCUCACCAACCAGAAGCUCUCUGUGGACGAGGCCGUGUCCUGCGGGCUGGUGGGCAGCGAGCUGCACGAGAAGCUGCUGUCGGCAGAGAGGGCCGUGACGGGCUACACCGACCCCUACACGGACGCCAAGAUCUCCCUGUUCCAGGCCAUGAAGAAGGAGCUCAUCGUCAAGGAGCACGGCAUCCGCCUGCUGGAGGCCCAGAUCGCCACCGGCGGCAUCAUCGACCCCGUGCACAGCCACCGGCUGCCCGUGGAAGCUGCCUACCAGCGCGGCUACUUCGACGAGGAGAUGAGCCAGGUGCUGUCCGACCCCAGCGACGACACCAAGGGCUUCUUCGACCCCAACACCCACGAGAACCUCACCUACAUGCAGCUCCUGCGCCGCUGCGUGCCCGACCCGGACACGGGGCUGCUCAUGCUGCAGCUGAUGGACAAGGGCUCCGUGCUCUACCAGCUGAGCGAGGACGCCCGCCAAGCCCUGCAGGCCGCCCGCACCAGCCUCAGCGUGGGGCUCUUCCAGGGCCAGAGCGUCACCGUCUGGGAGCUGCUCUUCUCCCGCUACGUCCCCGACCACCGGCGCCAGGACCUGCUCCGCAGGUACAAGGUGGGCACGCUCACCAUCAACGAGAUGAUCACCAUCCUCACCGCCAUCGUCGCCGAGGCUGAGGGACACGGCGCCGCCCCGGCCGACACACAGACACAGCAGGAGGCGCCGGCACCGGCCCAGAAUGGCGAUUCCUUGAGCUCCCGGCGGGAGCGGGAGCUGGAGGCGGAGCUGGAGCGGUCCCUCAAGUCCUACAGCGUCCAGGUCUCGGUCGGCAGCUUCCAGGGCAGGAAGGUCUCCCUGUGGGAGCUGCUCUUCUCCAAGUACGUGUGCGAGGCCAAGAGGCUAGAGCUGCUGGCGCAGGUGAAGUCUGGCGGCCUGGCGCUGGAGCAGUUGUCCGGGCUCCUCACCGGCCUCGUCCAGGAGGCAGAGAAGCGCAGCAGCACCGUCACGUUCAAGGGCCUCAGGAGGCAGGUGACGGCCUCGGACCUGCUGGACUCGGGCAUCAUCGACAAGGACACGCUGGCCGACCUGGUGCAGGGCUCCAAGACGGUGCAGGAGGUGACGCAGAUGGCCUCCGUGAAGCGCUACCUGGACGGCACGGGCUGCAUCGCCGGCGUGCUGGUGCCCUCCAAGGCUGACCCCAGCAAGAUGGAGAAGAUGAGCAUCUACGCGGCCAUGUGGAAGGGCAUCCUGAGGCAGGGCACGGCGCUGGUGCUGCUGGAGGCGCAGGCGGCCACCGGCUUCAUGGUCGAUCCGCUCACCAACCAGAAGCUCUCUGUGGACGAGGCCGUGUCCUGCGGGCUGGUGGGCAGCGAGCUGCACGAGAAGCUGCUGUCGGCAGAGAGGGCCGUGACGGGCUACACCGACCCCUACACGGACGCCAAGAUCUCCCUGUUCCAGGCCAUGAAGAAGGAGCUCAUCGUCAAGGAGCACGGCAUCCGCCUGCUGGAGGCCCAGAUCGCCACCGGCGGCAUCAUCGACCCCGUGCACAGCCACCGGCUGCCCGUGGAAGCUGCCUACCAGCGCGGCUACUUCGACGAGGAGAUGAGCCAGGUGCUGUCCGACCCCAGCGACGACACCAAGGGCUUCUUCGACCCCAACACCCACGAGAACCUCACCUACAUGCAGCUCCUGCGCCGCUGCGUGCCCGACCCGGACACGGGGCUGCUCAUGCUGCAGCUGAUGGACAAGGGCUCCGUGCUCUACCAGCUGAGCGAGGACGCCCGCCAAGCCCUGCAGGCCGCCCGCACCAGCCUCAGCGUGGGGCUCUUCCAGGGCCAGAGCGUCACCGUCUGGGAGCUGCUCUUCUCCCGCUACGUCCCCGACCACCGGCGCCAGGACCUGCUCCGCAGGUACAAGGUGGGCACGCUCACCAUCAACGAGAUGAUCACCAUCCUCACCGCCAUCGUCGCCGGGGCUGAGGGACACGGCGCCGCCCCGGCCGACACACAGACACAGCAGGAGGCGCCGGCACCGGCCCAGAAUGGCGAUUCCUUGAGCUCCCGGCGGGAGCGGGAGCUGGAGGCGGAGCUGGAGCGGUCCCUCAAGUCCUACAGCGUCCAGGUCUCGGUCGGCAGCUUCCAGGGCAGGAAGGUCUCCCUGUGGGAGCUGCUCUUCUCCAAGUACGUGUGCGAGGCCAAGAGGCUGGAGCUGCUGGCGCAGGUGAAGUCCGGCGGCCUGGCGUUGGAGCAGUUGUCCGGGCUCCUCACCAGCCUCGUCCAGGAGGCAGAGAAGCGCAGCAGCACCGUCACGUUCAAGGGCCUCAGGAGGCAGGUGACGGCCUCGGACCUGCUGGACUCGGGCAUCAUCGACAAGGACACGCUGGCCGACCUGGUGCAGGGCUCCAAGACGGUGCAGGAGGUGACGCAGAUGGCCUCCGUCAAGCGCUACCUGGACGGCACGGGCUGCAUCGCCGGCGUGCUGGUGCCCUCCAAGGCUGACCCCAGCAAGAUGGAGAAGAUGAGCAUCUACGCGGCCAUGUGGAAGGGCAUCCUGAGGCAGGGCACGGCGCUGGUGCUGCUGGAGGCGCAGGCGGCCACCGGCUACAUGGUCGAUCCGCUCACCAACCAGAAGCUCUCUGUGGACGAGGCCGUGUCCUGCGGGCUGGUGGGCAGCGAGCUGCACGAGAAGCUGCUGUCGGCAGAGAGGGCCGUGACGGGCUACACCGACCCCUACACGGACGCCAAGAUCUCCCUGUUCCAGGCCAUGAAGAAGGAGCUCAUCGUCAAGGAGCACGGCAUCCGCCUGCUGGAGGCCCAGAUCGCCACCGGCGGCAUCAUCGACCCCGUGCACAGCCACCGGCUGCCCGUGGAAGCUGCCUACCAGCGCGGCUACUUCGACGAGGAGAUGAGCCAGGUGCUGUCCGACCCCAGCGACGACACCAAGGGCUUCUUCGACCCCAACACCCACGAGAACCUCACCUACAUGCAGCUCCUGCGCCGCUGCGUGCCCGACCCGGACACGGGGCUGCUCAUGCUGCAGCUGAUGGACAAGGGCUCCGUGCUCUACCAGCUGAGCGAGGACGCCCGCCAAGCCCUGCAGGCCGCCCGCACCAGCCUCAGCGUGGGGCUCUUCCAGGGCCAGAGCGUCACCGUCUGGGAGCUGCUCUUCUCCCGCUACGUCCCCGACCACCGGCGCCAGGACCUGCUCCGCAGGUACAAGGUGGGCACGCUCACCAUCAACGAGAUGAUCACCAUCCUCACCGCCAUCGUCGCCGGGGCUGAGGGACACGGCGCCGCCCCGGCCGACACACAGACACAGCAGGAGGCGCCGGCACCGGCCCAGAAUGGCGAUUCCUUGAGCUCCCGGCGGGAGCGGGAGCUGGAGGCGGAGCUGGAGCGGUCCCUCAAGUCCUACAGCGUCCAGGUCUCGGUCGGCAGCUUCCAGGGCAGGAAGGUCUCCCUGUGGGAGCUGCUCUUCUCCAAGUACGUGUGCGAGGCCAAGAGGCUAGAGCUGCUGGCGCAGGUGAAGUCUGGCGGCCUGGCGCUGGAGCAGUUGUCCGGGCUCCUCACCGGCCUCGUCCAGGAGGCAGAGAAGCGCAGCAGCACCGUCACGUUCAAGGGCCUCAGGAGGCAGGUGACGGCCUCGGACCUGCUGGACUCGGGCAUCAUCGACAAGGACACGCUGGCCGACCUGGUGCAGGGCUCCAAGACGGUGCAGGAGGUGACGCAGAUGGCCUCCGUGAAGCGCUACCUGGACGGCACGGGCUGCAUCGCCGGCGUGCUGGUGCCCUCCAAGGCUGACCCCAGCAAGAUGGAGAAGAUGAGCAUCUACGCGGCCAUGUGGAAGGGCAUCCUGAGGCAGGGCACGGCGCUGGUGCUGCUGGAGGCGCAGGCGGCCACCGGCUUCAUGGUCGAUCCGCUCACCAACCAGAAGCUCUCUGUGGACGAGGCCGUGUCCUGCGGGCUGGUGGGCAGCGAGCUGCACGAGAAGCUGCUGUCGGCAGAGAGGGCCGUGACGGGCUACACCGACCCCUACACGGACGCCAAGAUCUCCCUGUUCCAGGCCAUGAAGAAGGAGCUCAUCGUCAAGGAGCACGGCAUCCGCCUGCUGGAGGCCCAGAUCGCCACCGGCGGCAUCAUCGACCCCGUGCACAGCCACCGGCUCCCCGUGGAAGCUGCCUACCAGCGCGGCUACUUCGACGAGGAGAUGAGCCAGGUGCUGUCCGACCCCAGCGACGACACCAAGGGCUUCUUCGACCCCAACACCCACGAGAACCUCACCUACAUGCAGCUCCUGCGCCGCUGCGUGCCCGACCCGGACACUGGUCUUUAUUUCCUCAAUAUCGUUAGAAAAUAAUUUUAUAACCUUUGGCAUUUUUUCUUUAUUAUGGCAUUGCUGAUGAAUUAAGCUCUUGUGAAUAA